CAGAUUGCUGUUGGUUCCCUCAUAGGGAGCGUAUUUGGGCUAGACGGACAUGGACAAUUCAGCAAGGUACUUGGUGAUGUUACACUAGCCAUCAUCUGUGUAUAUGUUGCAGCGUUCGCGUGGUCAUGGGGGCCUUUAGGAUGGCUUGUACCUAGUGAAGUUUUCCCCUUGGAAAUCCGAUCAGCAGGACAAUCGAUAAAUGUUUCUGUCAACAUGUUUUUCACAUUUGUUAUUGGACAACUUUUCUUAACGAUGUUAUGUGGGAUGAAGUUCGGGCUGUUCUUCUUCUUUGGAGGAUUCGUAUUCAUUAUGACACUAUACGUAUUCUUUUUCCUACCAGAAACUAAAGGCGUUCAUAUCGAAGAAAUUACAAAAAUCUGGAGAAGUCACUGGUUCUGGAAAAAUUACGUUCCAGCUGAAGAAACUCGCGUUUAGAUGAAGAUCAUCAAAACGAAAACUCUCUUAAAAAUAAUAUUGGAAUUUAAAUGUAGAUUGUAAAUAUAUCACUACUAUCAUUUUUCCCUAUGCUUAUGCUGCUAUAUGUUAUAGUUAAAUUUUUUGUAUGUAAAAUUCCAAUAUUAAUGAACAACUCUCUCUUUUUUUGCU